AUGGUGGUGCCAGAGCAACAAGGCGAGAUAGGAUCACCAUUACAUUUCGAGCAACAACUCAACAAGAACCAUCCAUUCUCAUCGCUUGGAAGACAAUCCUCAAUAUACUCUCUGACCCUUGAUGAGUUCCAGCACACUCUAUGUGAGAGUGGCAAGAAUUUUGGAUCCAUGAACAUGGACGAGUUUCUCAGCAGCAUAUGGAGCGCAGAAGAGAACCAAGCCAUAAAUUCCAACAACAAUAACAAUAAUAACUAUAACAACAACAACAUCAAUAACUUGUCUCUAAGCGAAACUUCCACAGAGAAAGGAAUAAGGAAACAACCAAGCCUUUCUCGACAGGGAUCACUAACUAUUCCUGCACCUCUGUGUAGGAAAACAGUGGAUGAAGUCUGGUCUGAGAUACACAAAGGACAACAAUCUCAGCAGCAACAACAGCAACAGCAGAAUCAGAACAGCAACAACAAUGGUGCCAAUGGUGCCAAUGCAAAUGACAAUGGUCAGAGUCAGAAUACCGAAUCUGCCCCUCGCCAACCAACUUUUGGAGAGAUGACUUUGGAGGAUUUCUUGAUUAAAGCUGGGGUAGUUAGGGAACCAUGUGCAAUGACUGUCCAAGCUUCUCAUAAUUAUGCAAUGUACCCAAAUAACAACUCUACAAUGGGACCCUCUUUUGUUGGAGGUAAUAGGCCUGUGAUGGGGAUUGCUGGCGGUGCAGGAGGGAAUGUUGUUGUGCCGCCUUACGCGGUGGCUCAAGGAGGAGGUGGUGGUGGUGUAAUUGGGGAGUCUUCUAUGUAUGCUGGGAAUGUGAAAAGGGAUAGUGGAUAUGCGCCACAACCGCAGCCGCCGCCGGGGGUUGGUUUUGGAGGGAGGGUUGUUAAUGGAGGAGGUGGUUAUGCGGCCGUUGCGCCGACUAUAGGAAUGGCGGCGCCGGUGAGCCCGGCUUCAUCAGAUGGGAUAGGUACUAGUGAAAACUCUGCUGGUCAAUUUGGGAUGGAGAUGGGUGUGUUUAGAGGAAGAAAGAGGAUGUUAGAUGGUCCUGUGGAAAAGGUGGUGGAGAGAAGGCAGAGGAGGAUGAUCAAGAACAGAGAAUCAGCAGCCAGAUCCAGAGCCAGAAAACAGGCAUACACAGUUGAAUUAGAAGCAGAACUGAACCAAUUAAAAGAAGAGAAUGCCCAGCUUAAACAGGCUCUGGCUGAGCAGGAGAGGAGAAGAAAGCAACAGUAUUUAGAGGAAAUGAACGGGAGAGUUCAAACCAAUGCUCAGAAGACCAGAAAGAAAUUGAGAUCAUUGAGAAGGAACCUAAGUUGCCCUUUAUGA